AUGAUGUGGAUUCUUUUGGUUAGAUUGCGCAAAAGGGAUUCUUCUACAUUUACGAAAAAAUUGGAAUUCCCGGAUCUGCAAAACUUUCCACAACGGGAAUUCGCACACAGCAAUACAAUUGCAACACAGUUUUGGAAAAUAAUCGUCGGUGAAUUUAACCAGUUAGUCAUAUUUAAGUACAAACACACAUGUUACAUUGAAAAACGACCCCUUACUAUAUUAUUUAAUCAGGGAGAAACUGUCAAAUCACAUACGCUAACACCGAAAAACGGGCAUUUGUUUAAAUUUAAACAUGUGUAUUUAAAUCAGGCUAUGAAUAAAUACAUAAAUUGCACUCAUAAACAAAAAAAACAAAGAAUAUAUCCUCCUUUUUGUCCGUCUUAUUAUGCUAGAAAAUUACCCAUUUUUUUAAUUCUAAGUGACAAAUUUUAA